CAGAAUUCCAUUUUUUGUUUUCGAUACAGAAUUUGAGUGUUCACAGGCUAGUAGCCCUAAGUCAACUAUGUCCAUUUUAUAACCGAAGUCUAAGAAGAUUAGUUCUCAUUCUCCAAUAUAGAGCUCGCUUCUGUGACUCUAUUUUUUCCAAAGGGCAUCGGAGAUGGCUGGUGGAUCUUUUGCUCCGGCCGGCGUGGCUAAGGAGAGAGCAGGGCAGUAUCAAGGGACAGUCACCUGUUAUGUCAUCGUCGCCUGCGUUGUUGCAGCCGUAGGUGGCUCACUGUUUGGUUAUGACAUUGGAAUAUCAGGAGGGGUGACAUCAAUGGAUGGAUUUCUUGAAAAAUUCUUCCCCACAGUUUACAGAAACAAAAAUCGUGCGCAUGAAAACAACUACUGCAAAUACAACAACCAAGGCCUAGCAGCAUUUACAUCUUCUCUCUAUUUAGCUGGUUUGGUUUCAUCUAUUGUGGCAUCUCCCAUUACACGGAAAUAUGGGCGUCGGGCGAGUAUAAUAUGUGGCGGGCUUAGCUUCAUUGUGGGAGCAACUUUAGAUUCUUCUGCAGUAAAUCUGACGAUGCUUAUAUUGGGUCGAAUCAUGCUUGGCUUUGGCAUCGGAUUUGGAAAUCAAGCAGUUCCACUAUAUUUGUCAGAGAUGGCACCAACCCAUCUUCGAGGAGGACUGAACAUGAUGUUUCAAUUAGCAACAACACUCGGAAUCUUCACGGCAAACAUGAUUAAUUAUGGAACGCAGAAGCUCGAACCAUGGGGAUGGAGGCUCUCCCUAGGCCUGGCUGCAGCGCCCGCAUUCUUAAUGGCAGUCGGGGGACUACUACUUCCAGAAACACCUAACAGCUUAAUUGAACGUGGAUCAAAAGAGAAAGGAAGAAAAAUUCUGGAGAAAAUCAGGGGGACUGAGAACGUGCACGCAGAGUUACAAGACAUAGUUGAUGCAAGUGAGCUUGCCAACUCGAUUCAGCAUCCGUUUAGAAACAUCCUUGAAAGGCAUAAUAGGCCACAAUUGGUCAUGGCAAUCUUCAUGCCAACAUUUCAGAUUCUCACAGGCAUAAACUCAAUUCUGUUCUAUGCCCCUGUCUUGUUUUCAACUAUGGGAUUUGGGAGAAAUGCUUCUCUCUACUCUUCAGCAUUGACUGGAGCAGUUCUGGCUUCAUCAACUGUAGUGUCUAUUGCUACCGUUGAUAGAUGGGGACGAAGAGCUUUAUUAAUUGGUGGAGGAAUACAAAUGAUUAUAUGUCAGGUCAUAGUUGCAAUUAUUUUGGGGGUCAAAUUUAGCGGUGACAAGGAGCUCUCAAAAGGCUUCUCAGUAUUGGUGGUGGUUGUGAUCUGCCUCUUUGUUGCAGCGUUCGGAUGGUCAUGGGGGCCACUUGGCUGGACAGUUCCCAGUGAGAUAUUCCCAUUAGAAACCCGAUCAGCAGGACAAAGCAUUACAGUUGCUGUAAACCUUUUCUUCACCUUCCUAAUUGGCCAAUUGUUCCUCUCCCUCCUUUGUGCUUUCAAGUUUGGGAUUUUCCUCUUCUUUGCAGGCUGGAUAACCAUCAUGACAAUCUUUGUUUACCUUUUCCUACCUGAAACCAAGGGUGUCCCCAUUGAAGAGAUGGUGUUCCUGUGGAGGAAGCACUGGUUCUGGAAGAAGAUUGUGCCUAGUUAUCCAGAAGAUAAUGAGAGUAAUACUAACAACAACUCAGCUUCUGUUGCAAUCACCGAGCACAUUCACUAAAAAAGAGGGUCUAGUGCAUGAGACUUCUGUAUCAACUGAUAUGGAGGGCUGUAGUGAUGGAAGACCACUCCUAUAAAAUUUCAAGUAGUAGACUUCACCUAUAGGCCUCAUAUCAAUGUUAUUUAUGGGAUAUGGGAAUAUUUUUCAGGUCAAUGGCCAAACGAUGUCUACCACUGAAGUAGCAAACUCCAGAAGAAAGAUAGGUACUUCAUCACCAAAAACUAUUGACAGUUCAUCAGAAAGUAGCACUAGCUGUUGAAUGGGGCAUAAUGUAAUUGAUGUUAUUACUGUUGUUCUUCUUGUGUGUUUUUUUUCUUCUUCUUCUUCUUCU